AUGGGGGGCCCCGCGCGCCUCUGGCUGGCGCUGGCGCUGGCCUGUGGCGCCGCGGAGGUGGCGGCGGGCGCCGAGGCGCCGUGCAUGGCCCAGGCCGAGGAGCAGGAGGCCGAGGCGGAGGGGUGGCCGCACGCAGCCGUGCCGCCGGCCGCCGCUUUCGGCGCCGUGGCCGCGCCGUCCUACCGCGGCCCCGGCAACAAUGACACGCGGCCCAACAGGGCGCUGCCCAUCCUGCUCUGGUGGAGCGGCAGCCUCUUCCCGCACUUCCCCGGCGACACGGAGCGCAUCGACUGCCCGCGCGGCUCGUGCCUGGCCACGCGGAGCCGGCGCGCGGCGCGGCACCGCCGCACCAAGGCGCUCAUCUUCUACGGCACCGACUUCAGGGCCUAUGAGGCGCCGCUGCCGCGCCUGCCSCACCAGACCUGGGCCCUCUUCCACGAGGAGUCCCCCAUGAACAACUACGUGCUCUCGCACUCGCCCGGCAUCGGCCUCUUCAACUACACGGCCACGUUCCGCCGCGAGUCCGACUACCCGCUGACGCUGCAGUGGCUGCCCGACGCCGGCUACCUGCGGCGCCCGCCCGUGCCCCUGGCCGAGAAGGAUGCGUGGCGGCAGCGGGGCUACGCGCCCGUGCUCUACAUGCAGUCCCACUGCGACGUGCCCUCCGACAGGGACCGCUAYGUGCGGGAGCUCAUGAAGUACAUCCAGGUUGAUUCCUAUGGGAAAUGCCUGCAUAACCGUGAGCUUCCCAGUGAGCGACUGAGAGACACUUCUACAGCCACUACAGAAGAUUCUGAAUUCAUGACUUUUGUUGCCAGAUACAAGUUUCACUUGGCUUUAGAGAAUGCCAUAUGUAAUGACUACAUGACUGAGAAACUGUGGCGCCCAAUGCAUCUGGGUGCUGUCCCUGUGUACCGAGGCUCUCCAGUUGUGCGAGACUGGAUGCCAAACAACCUUUCCAUCAUUCUCAUAGAUGACUUUGACAGCCCUCAAGAGCUGGCAAAGUAUCUUAAUUUCUUGGACAAGAAUGGAGAGGAAUAUCUGAAGUAUUUAGAGUAUAAAAAGCCUGGUGGAAUCAAAAACCAGUUCCUGCUCGAGAGCUUGGAGAGGCGGGAGUGGGGUGUUAAUGAUAUGACUCUGCCCAACUACCUGAACGGCUUCGAGUGUUUCRUCUGUGACAGGGAGAAUACCCGAGUCAAAGAAGAGCAGGAGCACAAAAAGUCUCGUCAGAAACUUCCAGCUCCCAAACCUCGAAUUGCUCAGUUCAAGCAUAUGGGAUGUCCUAUGCCAACCCCUGGGUUUGGAAGUGUUGAAGAUAUCKCUGGAGGAGACAGUUGGAAAGAGAUGUGGCUGCAGGAUUAUUGGCAAAGUCUUGAUCAGGGUGAGGCUCUCACUGCUAUGAUUCAUCGCAAUGAGUCGCAUCAGGAAAGAUUUUGGGAUUAUAUGCACGAGAUUUUCCUCAAGAGGACCAGCCAUCACUGACUCAUCUUUGGAAGGCAUUGACUUGAAAAUUAUGUUGAAAGUUGAGAGUGAAAAUUCUUACCUCACUCCAAAUAUUUGCCUUGAAAUAGCAGAAAAACUAUUUCAGAGACAUUUUUUUUUCUAACGGAUGAAGUGAGUCAGUCCCUGUUGUGAUUGGAUUUCAGCUGUGCAGAUAUUAUCCACUGCUUGAAUUUGAAUUUCAGUGGAGUGUGAAGCUACUGCUGACCUGCAAGUGUCAACAUCUGGGGCAAAAGAAGAAUUUACUCUCGUGGUGCAUUUGGUAUAUGCUUCCCUGUGACUUCAGAUGAGCACGUUUUCAGACUCUGCUCAAAUAACCUAGGUUAUUUCAC